AUGUGAAGCUGCAGAGCAGAAGCAGAAGGUACCACUGGGAACUCUGAAGAAAGACUUGAAAUCACAGGAGGAAAAGCAGAAACAGCUGACAGAGAAAAUCCGCCAGCAGCAGGAAAAGCUGGAAGCUCUGCAGAAAAUCACUCCAAUUCGAUCUCAAGCUGACUUAAAGAAACUGCCUCUGGAAGUGACCACACGCCCUGCAGGGGAGAACACACAGUCACAGUCUCGACCUCAGCGCCCACGAUCUCCUCCUUUACCUGAUGUAAUCAAGAACGCUCCAAGCAGACCACCACCACCUAUGCCUCCUCCCAAGUCCACCCGUCAGCUGAAAAAGAGCUCUUCAGCUUGGCCAAAUAUCAGCGCUCCCAAACUGGCAAGCAUGCUCUCCAAGGAGGAGGCCAGUACUUCCAGGACACAGCAGCAUGCUGUGACAGCUGGAAAUUCUAACAGUACUUUAAAAACUCCUGUCAAACCCGGUACAGCGACGAAACCAUCCUCUGCUGUCCUGCAGAGCCAAAAAAGCUCACAUGAGACAUCCAGUCCAAAAGCUGCCAAGGUGCCAGCACUAAAGAAAUCUUCCACUGCCAACUGCCCACAGGCCUCCACCACUCGGAAGAGGACCUUGAAAACCACAGAGGAUGGGUCUGAGGAGGAGGGGGAGCACAAGAAGAAGACAAAACGGGGUAAAUUUGUUCCAGUGAAUGAAGAGAAGAAAGAUUCCAGUGAGGUGGAGGUAGAGCUCACAGACAGCGCUGGGGAAGAAGAGCUGGCAGAACUGAAGAAAGCUCAGAAAGAUAAAGGGCUGCAUGUGGAAGUGCGUGUGAACAAGGAGUGGUUCACAGGCCGUGUCACAGCUGUGGAAAUGGGCAAGCAUGCAGUUCGCUGGAAGGUGAAGUUUGAUUAUGUUCCUACAGACACCACACCAAGGGAUCGCUGGGUACAAAAGGACAGUGAGGAUGUGAGGUUGAUGAAGCCUCCCUCUCCCGAGUUCCAGGCUCCGGAUACGCAGCUGGAAGAGGAGGUUGUUGUGGCUGAACCUUCUACCUCAGACUGUGUCAGGAUUGAGCCAGACACCACUGGUCCCAACAGCAGCCAAGAAACAGUAGACUUACUAGUCCAGAUCCUUCGAAAUUGUUUGCGGUACUUCUUACCUCCGAAUUUUCCCAUCUCCAAGAAGGAGCUGAGUUCUAUGAGCUCGGAAGGGUUGUUGGCGUUCCCCUUGAAAGAGUAUUUCAAACAGUAUGAGGUAGGUCUGCAGAACCUGUGCAAUUCGUAUCAGAUACGUGCCGAUGCCCGGGCCAAAGCCUGUGAGGAAAACCUCUGCAACUUGGAGAGAAAGCUGAAGGAAACAGAGGAGAAACUGCAGAAGCUGAGGACUAACAUCGUGGCCCUUCUGCAGAAAGUGCAGGAGGACAUUGAUAUUAAUACAGAUGAUGAACUGGAUGCAUAUAUCGAGGACUUGAUCACAAAAGGAGAUUGAACAGCCAUAGUGCAAGUCCUAGAGAAGUGCAAAGGAGCUGGUUGCUGCAAUGGGAGAUGUGGAUUUCUGCAGCGGAGGACUAAAGCAGCUGAUGAGAGAGGGUUUUUAAACAGUACUUACGUUGUGUUGGUGUACAGCUUGUUCUUGUGACUUUACAUGAAAGACAUUUGUGCUGUUGACAGGAAA